AUGGCGACAAGGAUACCUCAUAUGCUGGAGAGCUAUCUCUCUCUCCCGCCCGAAUGCGCCCAGAUCCUCCUCACCAACGUCCUGGGCGCCAGCACAAACUGGCUUGUCCUGCGAUAUCUCUACUCAUACCUCAGGAAACCCGCCGCCGCAGAGGAGGGAACCCAGACGGACGACGUGCGCGUGGUUCUCGUGAGUUUCAUGAGAGACUUUGCGUUUUGGAAGGAGGGCGCGGGGAGAUUGGGACUUGACCUGGAAGCCCUUGUCCGGGGCGGGAAACUCGCCUACGUCGACGGGUUGAGCGGGUUGUUCUCUGGCUCCGCGUCGCCGUCCGUCAAGGGCCGUAGAGUCCUCCGCGGGGCGAAGCUUCCUGAUAUCCAGCGAGAGCUCGAGGCUGCGAUCUCAGAUGUGCGAGCCGCGGACGCCAAGACAAUCUUGAUUAUAGACCAGCCUGACUUGCUCCUCGCUGCGUCAGGGGAGGAGCUCACAGGACUGGCGUUAAAGAAUGUGUUGCUUGAUUCGCAGGAGAAAGUUCAUGCCUCCGUUAUUACUACUGCCGCAGACGAGCCGCUCGUCGCUGCGCAAGCCACGACGCUGGAGAAGGAACAUGCUGCUUUCGUGCUCGGUCUCGCGCAUGCGGCAGAGACUGUCAUCAGUCUGCGGCUGUUGGACACUGGCACGGCGAACGAUGUCAGCGGUGUGUUGAGAAUCACCGCUGGAGGCAACAGCGACGAGCAGAGGACGGUGGAGGAAACCGAAUUGCUGUACUUUGUGGGCAGUGACGGCAGUGUGAAAGUGUUUGGAAGGGGUCAGUGA